AUGAAGGAAGCCAACACAGCAUGCAAGCACGCAUACGAGAAAUUACGCCAGAGCGCCGGACGCAAGACCCUCAACGACAUAGCCUCCGAGUUCGAGAUAUUCAAAGAAAACUUCCGCCGAGACCGCAGAAGCAAAGAUGCCGCACUAGUACGAGAGCACAAGCAAAGAGUGUUGGGCGCCCCUCCCGUGCCCCUAAACCAGAAAAGCAAUGACGCAAGAGCGAAACCCGGGGUGCAGGAAGAAGUAUGGGAUUGGCGAUACACGCUCCGUCCUUGCACGUCUUCACACUGCAAGGCUUACUACACACCAUACUCGAACCAUUACAUCUACUAUCGCACACCGUUUUCUGGUACCUCGUUUCUGCCGCAGGAGACUCUUUGCUCGGCCUGCGCGCAGACGGAGGUCGAGGGCUUCGCGAAGAAAGUCAAAGAGAAGUACGGGAGCAGGUGCGGCUGGGAUCAUCAGGAGUGGCAUGAGUGGUAUACUAAUGCCUGUAAUGAUCGUAAUAUGGAGCAGGACUAUUGGCUCAGAGCACAGGAGAGAGCUGUCAGAGAGCGGGGACCUGCAAAGUGGGUGGGCAGGCUGGAGGAGAUUGUCGUAGUAGAAGAGGAGGUUGACGAGUUGAAGAAGGGGAGGAAGAGCUUGAUGAGGAAAUGGUUUGGAAGUAUGUCUGCGUGA